GAUGUGGGAUUGGGGGUGUUCCCAAAGCCAGAAAUGGGGGAACACUUACUCAGAAAAGUCCCCAAUCCCACAGCUGUGGGGUGUUCCCAAAGCGAGAAAUGGGGGAACAUUGGGAAAAAUAUAGAAGAGUCCCCAGUCCCACAGCUUUUAGGAUGUUCCCAAAGUGAGAAAUGGGGGAACGAUUCAAAAACUUGGAAUCCCUAAACCUACAGCUGUGGGGUGUUCCCAAAGCGAGAAAUGGGGGAACACUGGGAAGAACUCUGAAGAGUCCCCAGUCCCACAGCUGUUGGGGCAUUCCCAAAGCGAGAAAUGGGGGAGUGAUUCAAAAAUUUAGAAUCCCUAAAUCUGCAGGUGUGUCAGGGUGUUCCCAAAGCGAGAAAUGGGGGAACAGUUACUUGAAAAAGUCCCUACUCCUGCAGGUUUUAGGGUGUUCCCAAAGUGAGAAAUGGGGGAACAGUGGGAAAAAGACAGAAGAGUCCCCAAUCCCACAGCUGUCAGGGUGUUCCCAAAGCGAGAAAUGGGGGAACACUUCCUUGAAAGGAUCUCCUUGUCCCACAGCUGUGGGGUGUUCCCAAAGCGAGAAAUGGGGGAACACUGGGAAGAACUCUGAAGAGUCCCCAAUCCCACAGCCAUUGGAAUGUUCCCAAAAUGAGAAAUGGGGGAACAAUAGGAAAAAUGCAGAAGAGUCCCUGAUCCCACAGCUUUUAGGUUGUUCCCAAAGUGAGAAAUGGGGGAACAGUGGGAAGACACAGAAGAGUCCCCAGUCCCACAGCUGGCAGGAUGUUCCCAAAGCGAGAAAUGGGGGAACAUUUGAAAACCUCGGAAUUCCUAAUCCCACAGCUGUCAGGGUGUUCCCAAAGCAAGAGACUGGGGAACAGUUGAAACAUUUCUAUAGAAGAGUCCCUAAACCUGCAGCUGUCGGGGUGUUCCCAAAGCGAGAAAUGGGGGAACAAUGGGAAGGACUCUGCAGAGUCCCCAAUCCCACAGCUGUCAGGGGGAGAAAUGGGGGAAUAACUAAAAAAUUUAGAAGAAUAACUAAUCCCACAGCUGUUGGGGUUGUUCCCAAAGCGAGAGAUGGGGGAACAUUUUAAAACCUCAGAAUUCCUAAUCCCACAGCUGUCAGGGUGUUCCCAAAGUGGGAAAUGAGGGAACAGUUACUCAGAAGAAUCCCUAAUCCCACAGCUUUUAGGUUGUUCCUAAAGUGAGAAAUGAAGGAACAAUUCAAAAACUUAGAAACCCUAAAUCUACAGCUGUCAGGGUGUUCCCAAAGCGAGAAAUGGGGGAACAGUAAGAAAAACGUGGAAGAGUCCCCAAUGCCACAGCUGUCAGGGUGUUCCCAAAGCGAGAAAUGGGGGAAUGUUUUAAAAAUUCCUAAACCUACAGCUGUUGGGGUGUUCCCAAAGCGAGAGUAGGGGGAACAUUUGAAAACUCAGAAUCCCCAAUCCCACAGCUGUUGGGGUGUUCCCAAAGCGAGAGAUGGGGGAACAAUUCAAAAACUUGGAAUCCCUAAACCUACAGCUGUGGGGAUGUUCCCAAAGCGAGAAAUGGGGGAACAGUGGGAAAAACGUGGAAGAGUCCCCAAUCCCACAGCUGUCAGGGUGUUCCCAAAGUGGGAAAUAGGGGAACAAUGGGAAGAACUCGGAAGAGUCCCCAGUCCCACGGCUUUUAGGUUGUUCCCAAAACGAGAAAUGGGGGAACAGUGGGAAAAACCCAGAAGAGUCCCUGAUCCCACAGCUGUGGGGUGUUCCCAGAGUGAGAAAUGGGGGAA